AUGCCCUUGCUACGGCUUUUAUCUACCGUUCCAGUUGUCAUAAAACCGAGCUCGAAAGAGAUCAGGUCGAAUACACUAAAUGAGCGGAGCUUGGAGACAGCUAUCCGGCAGGUCCACCUCGACGGACUCGUCGUGGUUGAAGAUGUGGUUCCGCACGAGCAUAUCGACAUCCUGAACAAGAAGAUGAUUGCUGAUGCACGGCAGCUUCAGGCCCGUGGGGAGGACGGGCCCUUCAACUACAAUCUUGGAAACAUACAGCAGGUUGCGCCUCCCGUUGCCGAAUACUUUUACCCCGACUUCGGCCCACGCCCCAAGUGGACCUUUUGUUCUGCAAACACGGCCAUGCCUCCAGUCUCAAACACUGCGCCGCCUCAGCGACAGCCGGUCCACACUGACGCCGACUUUGCCCAUCCGGCCCAUCCAUUUGCGUUGGUGGUCAACGUGCCGCUCGUCUGCAUGACGCCCCGAAACGGCUCGACCGAGAUCUGGCUGGGCACGCACAACACCGCGGAAUCACCGCACAGGAGGGCCAGCACGGCGAGCGAGCCACCCGUCAUCAAUAAGGGCAGUAUCGUCAUGUGCGACCUUCGCUUGUGGCACGCUGGUAUGCUCAACUGGACCGACGAGGUGCGCGUCAUGCUCGCCUGUAUCCAUUUUGCGUCUUGGUAUCGCAACCCAAUGCAGCUCGAAUUCUGUGAGGAUAUCAAGCCAAUUCUCGAGGCUAUGGAUCGAAAGGGAAUGCUAGAGCUUCAAACGCCUGUACGCUGGGUAUCCGUCGAUUACGCCCUCAACACUUACCUCAACAGAGCCUUUGGAAAUGCCUACAACUUUGAUCAGACCCCUUGA